GCACUGAACCAUUUACCGAUUCAACUGUGCUGCCGACGUUUUUUUGAUUUCUUUGGUUUUAAACAAGUUGUACAAGUUUAUUAAUGAUAGAUGCGUAAUUUUCAACGAAUAAUUUCGUAUUAAAACGAUUGCAUUGAAGUUUUAUUCCAUAUUUAACCUUGGACAUCGAAGAUGUUCAAUCAAACCAGGGCUCUAGGAGGUGGUGGCACAGCCCUAUAUCCAAUGAAAGAUUUUGAGGUCGUUUCACCGCCCGACGAUUCGAUUUCGAGUCUAGCAUUCAGUCCUGCGACAAUUCCUCAAAAUUUUCUGGUGGCUGGUUCAUGGGACUGCAAUGUCAGAUGCUGGGAGGUCGAACAGUCUGGCAAAACGGUUCCUAAAUCCAUGCAGACAAUGGCGGGACCUGUCCUUGAUGUCUGCUGGAGCGAUGACGGCACGAAAGUCUUUAUGGCCGCGUGCGACAAAAUGGCGAAGUGCUGGGACCUUGGUUCUAAUCAAUGUAUUCAAGUCGCAGCUCACGAUGCUCCUAUCAAGACUUGCCACUGGAUAAAAGGCUCUAAUUACAGUUGCCUUAUGACUGGUUCAUGGGACAAAACUCUCAAGUUUUGGGAUACUCGAAGUCCCAAGCCAAUGAUGACCAUCAACCUGCCUGAGAGGUGUUAUUGUGCCGAUGUGGAUUAUCCGAUGGCUGUUGUUGGAACUGCAGGCCGAGGCCUAAUUGUUUAUCAACUUGAGGGAACGCCGCAUGAAUAUAAGCGGAUCGAAUCACCACUAAAGUAUCAACAUCGAUGCCUGGCAAUAUUUAGAGAUAAGAAAAAAGUGCCAACUGGAUAUGCUCUCGGCAGUGUUGAAGGCCGUGUGGCUAUCCAAUACGUAAAUCCUGUCAAUCCGAAGGACAAUUUCACUUUCAAAUGUCACAGAUCUAAUGGAGCUCCUAGUGGCUUUCAAGAUAUCUACGCGGUAAAUGAUAUAGCAUUCCAUCCGGUCCAUGGCACAUUGGCUACAGUUGGUAGUGAUGGAACUUUUAGUUUUUGGGAUAAAGAUGCACGGACCAAGUUAAAGCCUUCAGAACCAAUGGAACAAGCUAUCACGCGAUGUUGCUUUAACCAUAAUGGUCAAAUCUUUGCCUAUGCUGUUUCUUACGAUUGGGCUAAGGGUCACGAGUUCUAUAAUCCGAUGAAGAAAAAUCACAUCUUCCUCAGGUCAUGCUACGAUGAGCUUAAGCCAAGGAUCACUUCCUGAUUAAGAUGAAGAAUCAAGUAACAUUAUACACAUUGCUGUCUCUAACUUACAGCAUAUUCACAUCGUUUGAAGAUGCUGCUGUUCCACAUGUAACAAGUAUUAUCAAUAAGUUUUAUAUGUAUACCAUUUACUAGUUAUUUUCAUACAGUUUUAAUAUUAAUUUCAAUUGUCACCACUGCAAAGACGAAGAGGCUUUGACAUGUCAUGAAUAAAUUACACAA